CUAUGCAGAUGUUCAUUGGGCCUUUUGCGCUCUUGAACUGUUUGUUUUCUACUUGCUUUUGCCCUUUACUUGAGAUCGCCAGAAUGAAGUGUGAAGAGCCAUGACACGUGAUACAUUGUAUGUCAUCAGCAUCGGAGUUUUUGAGGCGAUUUUGCAGUCAUUUUCCGAACCUGUUGCGCCAAUGGAGGCAGGCACAGUGGCCAUUCCGAACCAAGAAUUCCUUCCACCGCAAGUGACGAUAUGCAUACCAUCCAUUCCCAGCAAAACGCAAACAACCUUGGAAGGGCCAGUUGUUUCCCACCCAGCAGUGCCAGCCCAAAUAUCGUUUUAUGUGCCUCAUUCACAGCUGGCGCAUGGCAGUGGUGUCAUUAAUAUUGCACCAGAAAUCGCACCUAUUUCCCUGGAAUCAUAUGUUCCGACAAGUAUAACACGAGCAAAGGAAACCCCAGAGUUUCUCGGGCCAUUGCCGUCGCAUAUAUCCGCUUUUGUAGACCCAAAACGUUCGAACCGCACAUAUUACGCAGACUCGGCCCUUCAAACCUGCUCCUGGAUAGAUCCCCGGACGUUUGCAACGCGCAAACAUGACAUUCUUGAGAUAUGCGAGUACGAACUGCCUUACGGAUGGGAGGAAUAUCUGGAUACUGAGCGGGGCAUUGUAUACUACAUUGAUCAUAUUGGUUGUGCAAACUAUCCCCUUGGUCCCUGGACGACAGAGACCCGAGAGGCCGUGAUGAGGGAUCGCGAAUUAAAGGAACGGAGGAGGUUGGAACACGAGGCGCUUAAGCUUGAAGAAGAAAUUGAAUUAGAGCGGCAGAAAAAACUACAAAUGGAGGAACAAGACCGACGGCGGCUGGAAGAAGAGAUGUUGGCAAGACAAGCGCAACUGUUAUCCGCAUCAGCAACCGAUAGCCUUCUUGCAGAACUGACGGCACUCAACGAGAAAGUGGCUCUUGGGCGCUGUGAAAUGGCUCUCACCAGUUCGGACAGUACUCGAUUACAGGAAGAGCUGUCCUUCUUUGAGGUGCGCUUGGGGAGGCUACAGGAGAUCAAUGCCCAGCUUGAAGGACAAGAGCAAAGGCUGGUGGAGACUGCUCAAGCCACAAAUAUGGAGUUGAGUGAAGUGAGGAAUAUGAUUGACAUUGAGGCAGCACAGAGGGCGGCACUUGAAGAUUAUGUUGACCAGCUGCGUGUGGAGGCAGAGGAGGCAACUGUCUCCGGAGAGGAAACGGUUGCAAAUGACAGUGAGCUUAAAGUGGAUUGCGCUGAAGCAGACCAACAACAUCUGGCUCAAUUAAAAGGCCGCCUGUCAACAUUAGCUUUGGAACUUGACAGAGACGUACAGGCAUAUGCAUCAGCAGAGAAUACGGAGAAUGGUGCUUUAAUACAAUCAGAAUCCGCCCGGGCUAUCACUGGUGGCAAUUUCCAAAUAGAAAUUGAACCUUGA